AUGGAGGUCACACACGGGCUCUGUAUCUGCUCUGGAAGCUUCUCCGUGCACAGUAACACUCGAGUGUUGUCGUCUCUCAGGUCGCACGUGGACAGCAACGUGACGAUGAUCAAACUGCAGAAGCAGCUGGCUGAGCGGGCCAGCGGCGUAACGGAGCUGGAGGGCCGAUUCCUCCAGCUGCAGGAGAGUCAGAGGACGCUGAAGCUGAGUCACGACGCCGCCAUGCUGAAGGUGGAAGAGCUCUCAGCGCAGCUGAAAGACGAGAGGAUGAAGAGUCUGGACCUGGAGAACCGGCUGCAGAGCUCUGCCGUGGCACGGAAGAAGCUGGAGCAGCUGCAGGAGAGGAUCAGUGAAGUGGAGCAGGAGAGAGAUCUGCUGAAGGACAACAAUGAAAAACUCAUCAACAGUGCCUUUGACGUGUCUCGGCAGCAGAAGCAGCAGAUCCAGGAGCAGCAGCUGAAGCUGCAGAUCGCCCAGCUGGAGACGGCGCUGAAGGCCGACCUCGUCGACAAAAACCAGAUCCUCGACAAGAUCAAGGCUGAGAGAGACAAAAAUGAGAAGCUGUUGGAAGAAAAUCAAAAACUUCAAAUCCAGUUCCUGGAACAGAAGCAACAGCUGGAGGAACUGAGCAGCCGUCUGCAGGUCUACAGCAGGACCCGUAGGACCCGGCGGAGCGGGGACCUGGGCUUCCUGAAGGAGGCGGGGGACGACGCCGGCGGUUACCACGGAGACACGGAGAGCGCCGUCCGAGAGCUGCGAGCCGCUCACGCCGAAACCAUCCAGGAGCUGGAGAAGACCAGGAACCUCCUCAGCAUGGAGAACCAGAUCAGCCAGGACUACAAGGCGGAGCUGGAGGUCGUGAUGAGGAGGAUGGAGGAGAACAAAGCCGAGCACGAGGUGAAGAUGGAGCGACGGGCCGCCCUGCUCCACACCAAGGACGCCAAGAUCAAGAAACUGGAAGGUGGGAACUCACCCUGUUCCCCUCCUUCAUAG